UCUUAACAUGUUUAGGUAUUGUUGUAUCUUUCUUGCUGUUCAUUGUGUUUUAGGUGGUAAUUUGAUUGAGGUGCUCCAAGCUAAUGGCGAGUCUAGACUGAUCAAGUAUGCGACAGCCUGUGGAUUAGCUGAUACCAUAUUAGGAGGAACAUUCACAAUCUUUGCACCCACAAAUGCUGCAUUUGACGCCCUUGGAACAGAACAAGAACUUCUUUCUGAUAAAACUGUUCUCACCACAAUAUUAUUGUAUCACCUGACAAAUGGAGUUAUAAGGAGCACAGAUGCAAGGAAUGAGCUAACAGUAGAAUCGGUUGCUGGACUGAAAAUCAGAUUUAAUGUUUACCAGCAUAACAAAGCAGUCACAGUUGAAGGUGCUAAAAUUUCAAAACUUGACCUGAAUGCUUCUAAUGGAAUCGUCCAUGUCAUUGACAAAGUAAUGAUACCACCUACCGGAGGAAUUGUCGAUCUCGUAUCAGGGAACAAAGAUCUUAGCACAUUAUUGUCAUUAGUCCAGAAAGCAAAUAUUACAGGAAUAAUUCAACGUGAUCCAUUAACAGUAUUUGCACCAACAAAUGCUGCAUUUUCAAGAUUACCUGCAAAUGUUUUAAGUAGAUUGAAUAGUGAUACAGCUCUUCUUAAAGAGGUUUUAGAAUAUCAUUUAGUACCACAUACAGAAUAUUCACCUGGUUUAUAUAACAGAGAAUAUCUCAGAACGUUAGAUUCAGAGAGGGACGUCAUUCGUCUAAGUGUGUCAGAAAGGGGAGUGUCAGUGAACUCAUAUGGGCAAGUUAUAAAAGCUGAUAUUCCAGCUACAAAUGGCGUUGUUCACUUAAUUGAUCAUGUUCUCAUCCCACUCCGAUAUUGGCUUUCGUUUGGCUUUGGAAAAGCAGUCACAGUUGGAGGCGCCAAAAUUUCAAAAUUUUUUUAUGACCUGGAUGCUUCAAAUGGAAUCGUCCAUAUCAUUGACAAAGUAAUGAUACCACCUACCGGAGGAAUUGCCGAUCUCGUAUCAGGGAACAAAGAUCUAAGCACAUUAUUGUCAUUAUUCCAGAAAGCAAAUAUUACAGGAAUUAUUCAACAGGUUUUGGAAUAUCAUUUAGUACCACAUACAGAAUAUUCAUCUGGUUUAUAUAACAGAUUAUCAUUAGGAACGUUAGAUCGAAGGGAAUAUAUUACUCUAAAUGUGUCAGAAACAGGAGUAUCAGUAAACUCAUAUGCACACGUUAUAAACGCUGAUAUUCCAGCUACAAAUGGUAUUGUUCACGUUAUUGAUCAUGUACUUAUUCCACGCAAACAUAGGCCUUCAUUUGGCUUUGGAAAAUAAUUUAUAACUGACAAUAGUGUGCUAGUUACACUAUAAUCUGUACAUAUGUUGAUAGUAGGUGGAAGCUCCGUACAAAUGUUGUUAAUGAAAAAAGUGUGACAUUAAGGUUGAAUAGACCAGUUGAAUUCAAUAAAGCUGUAUAUAAAAUUGGGUUAAUUAUAUGACCACACACUUGUAUUUGUAAAAAUGUAAACUUACACAUGUUUACAAUCUUCUUCAUUGACUGUCAUAUUUAUAAAUAGUAUAACAACUAUCAAUUAUAUAUAAGUACAAUCAGGUCAUCUGUUUAAUCAAACUGAAAUGAAAAAAAUGCUUGAGUUUUAUGUAACACCAUCUUAUUUGUGUUGGAUUCCUCAACUCCAACAUAGAAAGAUCAAUUUACAGAAUAAUGGCAUUUUUGAUUUGAUACUGACUUUAUCAGCAAGAAUAUCAUGCGAGCCCGCUAGGGCAAGCUGAUAUUCGAGCUGAUGAAGUCAGUAUCAAAAAUAAAAGGCCAUUAUUUUGUUUAUCGGCAAUUUGAUAUUUAUUGUAUAUAUUUGUUGUUGAGAAUAUGAAGUAAAAUGGAAUAGUUCGUAAAAACUACUUUUACGCGUACAAAACGUUGGGAUAGUUGUUCGGUUGUAUGAAUAAAGUCGCGUGCAUUUCAUUGAUAAAUUGAUGCGGAUGGACUUGAACAAGCGACGUUGCUGCACUGGUACAUGACGUCAUUGCCUAAUAUUUUCGAGUAUCAAGUCCUGUCCAUGAUCUUAAAAAUAUUAGGCUGUAAGAUCAAAGGGGAAAUGUACAAAUUGCCGAUGAAAUAAACUAUCAGAACUGUUAAAGCAAUACAUGUACCUAUAUACUUAAUUCAGGGCUUACAUGUAUAACAUUAAAUAAUGAAAGAAAUGCUUAAUUUAUUAUUCAGCUACAUGUACAAGUACAAAAAUGUAUUUGUGAUGAGCUUUAACACCAAAUAUUGGAUUUUUUAUUA